AUGAAUUUCUUUCUAUCUCUCGCUCUUACUUUCGCUGCUCUGAGCCCUGCUACGGCACAAUGCACCACUCAGCUCUGCCCCAGCCGCGGGAUCACAAACCCAACCGCAGAGUACGGAGAUGACGACGUCUUGUGUUCGGUUUUGGCCACCCAGUUUACGGAUGGUACUCUAACUGAAGCGGAAUGCCAAGUUAUUGCCAAUGAUGCAAUAAUCGAUUGCUGCCCAGUCAAACAGAGUCCUCAGAAUUGUUUCAUCUGUGAAGACGCUUCCGCCACUUUCAAUGCAGCCAAGGCGUUCCCGGAUGGUCCAACCUGUGGCACUAUCGAUGAUCAGUUUUCUUAUCUCCCUGCGGGAAGUUGCGCCGUUGGCUUUGCUGGGUUUGUUGCAAACGGUUUCAACAUCAGUUCGUAUUGCGAAUGUUCCAAUGUUGUUGCUCCGAAUGUUUGCAAGGUCUGUGAUGACGAUCAAGAUAUCAGCACGACAGCAAAUAUUCCUAGUGAUGAGAUUGAUUUUACAUGUGUUGAAGGUGCCGCAUAUGCCAGCCACUUUAACACUCAAGCAGCAUGCGCUGUUGAAGUUGACAUUGCUGAAACCAAGGCUGCAUGCUGCGUCGAUAAGGGGGCCUCUGGUAGUACCAGUUCAUUUUCUAUGAACAGUUUUGCUGGCGCCUUGAUGCUUCUUCUUGCUGGUGUUUCAUUUGCUUGA